CGCACACCCUCCGCCCCUCCGACGGGUCCCAGGCGCCGCGGCGGUGGGGAGCCUCUCGGCGGGGACCGGAAAAAACUCGAGGACUCCUCCCCGGCUGGCUGGCUUUUCUACAAGAUGCUGGGAUUUUUGCAGCGGCCGGUACUGGUGAAGGCUGAUGUCAACUUGAACGUUGUGGCUCUGACUGUGAUGGGGUUACUGAGCCGACUGUGGGGACUCACCUAUCCCAGAGCUGUGGUUUUCGAUGAAGUCUAUUAUGGGCAGUACAUCUCUUUUUACAUGAAGCGGGUCUUCUUUUUGGAUGGCAGUGGACCGCCAUUUGGUCACAUGCUGCUGGCCUUAGGAGGUUAUUUAGGAGGAUUCGACGGUAACUUUUUGUGGAACAGAAUUGGAGCAGAAUACAGCAGCAACGUGCCCGUGUGGUCCCUGCGCCUGCUGCCGGCCCUCGCGGGGGCCCUGGCGGUCCCCAUGGCCUACCAGAUCCUGUGGGAGCUCCACUUUUCUCACUGUGCCGCCAUGGGAGCGGCCCUGCUGAUACUUAUCGAGAACGCGCUGAUCACUCAGUCCAGGCUGAUGCUUUUGGAAUCGCUGUUGAUCUUCUUUAAUCUGUCGGCCGUGCUGUCCUACCUGAAGUUCUCCAACUCCCAGAAGCGCAGGCCCUUCUCUCCGAGCUGGUGGCUCUGGCUGACGCUGACGGGAGUGGCCUGCGCCUGUGCGGUCGGCACCAAAUACAUGGGCGUCUUCACUUACUUGCUGGUACUUGGAGUCGCCACUGUUCACACCUGGCACCUGAUAGGAGACCGGACCCUGUCAAAUGUGGGUGCUGGUGGUGUGCGCGGCACGAGGGUGGCCGCGUGGGGUAGGCAGGGGUGGGACGGGGCAUUUCAGGGACAGUUCAGGAGGGGACAGGAGGGCGGGGCUGCGCUGUGGAGAUGGACACGCCCACCUGUGUGCCAGGUCUGUGUGCUUUGCCACGUGCUGGCCCGAGCGGUGGCCCUGGUGCUCGUCCCGGUCGUCACGUACCUGCUCUUCUUCUACGUCCACUUGACGCUGCUCUGCCGCUCUGGACCCCACGACCAGAUCAUGUCCAGUGCGUUCCAGGCCAGCCUGGAGGGAGGGCUGGCGCGGAUCACGCAGGGCCAGCCGCUGGAGGUGGCCUACGGGUCCCAGGUCACUCUGAAGAGCGCCUUCGGCAAGCCCAUGCCCUGCUGGCUUCAUUCCCACCAGAGCACCUACCCCAGGAUCUACGAGGACAGCCGAGGCAGCUCCCACCAGCAGCAGGUGACCUGCUACCCCUUCAAAGACGUCAACAACUGGUGGAUCGUCAAGGAUCCUGGGAGGCACCAGCUGGAGGUGAGCGCCCCGCCGAGGCCGGUGCGGCACGGAGACGUGGUGCAGCUGGUACACGGCAUGACCACCCGCUUCCUCAACACGCAUGACGUGGCGGCCCCCCUGAACCCCCACGCGCAGGAGGUGUCCUGCUACAUCGACUACAACAUCUCCAUGCCCGCCCAGAACCUCUGGAGACUGGACAUCGUGAACAGGGAGUCGGACGCGGAGGUCUGGAAGACCAUCUUGUCGGAGGUUCGCCUCGUGCACGUGAACACCUCCGCCAUCCUGAAGCUGAGCGGGGCGCACCUCCCUGACUGGGGCUUUCGGCAGCUGGAGGUCGUUGGGGAGAAGCUGUCCCGGGGCUACCACGAGAGCACCGUGUGGACCGUGGAGGAACACCGCUACGGCCGGAGCCAGGAGCAGAAGGAGAGGGAGCUGGAGCUGCACUCGCCUACUCAGAUGGACGUCAGCAGAAACCUGAGCUUCCUGGCCAGGUUCUCCGAGCUGCAGUGGAGGAUGCUGACGAUGCGGAGCGACGACUCGGAGCACAAGUACAGCUCCACGCCUCUGGACUGGGUCACCCUGGACACCAACAUCGCCUACUGGCUGCACCCCAGGACCAGCGCUCAGAUCCACCUGCUGGGAAACGCCGUGAUCUGGGCCUCGGCCGGGCUCGCCACCGCGCUGUACACCCUGCUCUUCUGCUGGCACCUGCUCAGACGCCAGCGACGCCUGUGCGACCUCCCAGAGGACUCCUGGCUGCGCUGGGUGCUGGCCGGGGCCCUGUGUGCUGGCGGCUGGGCAGUGAACUACCUGCCGUUCUUGCUGAUGGAGAAGACGCUCUUCCUGUACCACUACCUGCCUGCGCUCACCUUCCAGAUCCUGCUGCUGCCCGUGGUCCUGCAGCACGUCGGCGAGCACCUGUGCAGGUCCGAGCUCCAGAGGAGCGUCUUCGGCGCCCUGGUGGUGGCGUGGUACUCCGCUGCCUGCCACGUGUUUGACACGCUGCGCCCACUGACCUACGGGCACAAGUCACUCUCUCCCAGCGAACUCCAGGCCCUUCGCUGGAGAGAGAGCUGGGACAUCUUAAUCCGAAAAUACCAACAGGACCCGACACAGUGAGCGUCUGGCGGGUCCGGACUGGGCAGAACCACCUUGGCUAGCUGUGUUUACAAGCACAGUGCAGACGGCCAUGCCUGGAAGGCUGGUUUCGUUCUCAAAGCGGCCCUCUGAUGAGCACCUUGUGUUUUAAAAUAUGUUCUUACUAAUUUAGAGACGGAGAGAGA